AGGGGAGACCGAGACUUAGGGAGGCGCUUGCCGAGUAAGGUCGAGUGAGGAGGGUAGUCGCCACUGCCGGUGGAGAAGACCUCCAACCCCCCGCCCCCCACCUCCCCGGAUCCACCGGGACUGGGACUGGGGUGGGGGUGGGCGUUGACGCCGGGUUGCAGCGAGGCCACCCAUCUGAGCAGCAGUUUGGUGACACUUGAAUUGCAUAGCCAUGUUUCGAAAUAGUCUGAAGAUGCUUCUCACUGGUGGGAAAUCGAGCCGAAAAAAUAGGUCCAGUGAUGGAGGGAGCGAGGAGCCACCAGAUCAGAGACAAUCAAGUGUAGACUCUCGCCAAAGCCGCUCUGGGCAAGGUGGCAUCUCCACAGAAAAUGACUGUACUUUUGAACCAGACUAUGCCAUCCCACCACUUCCAGUGACCGAAGGUAUGCAGCACAUUCGGAUUAUGGAGGGCAUGUCCCGCUCUCUUCCAUCUUCCCCCUUACUCACCCAUCAGUCUAUCAGUGUCCGGCUCCAACCUGUGAAGAAAUUAACUGCCCCUCUGAGGAAGGCAAAGUUUGUUGAGAGCCCACGAAUCCCAGAAUCUGAUCUUGGCUCACCAACACUCACUUCAGCACAGAAACUGGACGUUGAUGAAUACUGCCCUGGUGAUGUGGAACAGGAACUUGGACCCCCUCCAUCAGUAGAUGAGGCAGCAAACACACUCAUGACUCGCCUGGGCUUCCUCCUUGGAGAGAAAGUCACAGAAGUGCAGCCAGGGGCCCAGUACAGCAUGGAGGUGCAAGAUGAAAAUCAGACCUCAGCAGUCACUCAACGAAUAAGUCCUUGUUCUACCCUGACUAGCAGCACUGCCUCGCCACCAGCCAACAGCCCUUGUUCUACUCUCCCACCAGUCAAUACCAGUGCAACAGCCAAGGAUUGCAACUAUGGGGCUGUCACAAGUCCAACAUCCACACUUGAAAGCAGAGAUAGUGGUAUCAUUGCUACUUUGACAAGUUAUUCUGAAAAUGUGGAACGAACAAAGUAUGUUGGGGAAAGCAGUAAAGAAUUAGGAUCUGGAGGAAACCUGAAACCUUGGCAGUCCCAAAAAUCCAGCAUGGAUUCAUGUUUAUACCGAGUAGAUGAAAACAUGACAGCCUCUACCUAUAGUCUUAACAAGAUCCCAGAAAGGAACCUGGAAACAGUUCUGUCCCAAUCAGUACAAUCUAUUCCACUUUACCUAAUGCCACGGCCAAAUUCAGUAGCAGCUACCAGCUCUGCUCACCUGGAGGACCUUGCUUACCUGGAUGAACAAAGGCAUACUCCCUUGAGAACUUCUCUCCGAAUGCCAAGGCAGAGCAUGGGUGGUGCUCGUACACAGCAGGAUUUGCGAGUGCGAUUUGCGCCGUAUAGACCUCCAGACAUCUCCCUGAAGCCCCUGCUUUUCGAAGUGCCCAGCAUCACCACAGAGUCUGUAUUUGUUGGCCGCGACUGGGUUUUCCAUGAAAUAGAUGCUCAACUCCAGAGUGAAAAUGCCAGUGUGAAUCAAGGAGUUGUGAUUGUCGGAAACAUUGGAUUUGGCAAAACCGCUAUCAUCUCCAGGCUAGUGGCCCUCAGUUGCCAUGGUACACGGAUGAGACAGAUUGCCUCAGAUAGUCCACAUGCUUCUCCAAAACAUGUGGAUGCCAACCGAGAGCUGCCACUUACUCAGCCGCCUUCUGCCCAUUCUUCUAUCACCAGUGGAAGCUGCCCAGGAACUCCAGAAAUGCGCAGACGACAAGAGGAAGCUAUGAGGAGACUUGCCUCACAGGUGGUUGCCUAUCACUACUGCCAAGCAGACAAUGCUUACACCUGUUUGGUACCAGAGUUUGUCCACAAUGUUGCUGCAUUACUCUGCCGUUCCCCUCAACUUGUUGCCUAUCGAGAACAGCUUCUUCGGGAGCCCCACCUGCAGAGCAUGCUGAGCCUCCGGUCUUGUGUGCAGGAUCCCAUGGCCUCCUUCCGGAGAGGAGUCCUUGAGCCCCUGGAAAACCUCCACAAAGAGAGCAAAAUUCCAGAUGAAGAUUUCAUCAUUCUAAUUGAUGGGUUAAAUGAAGCAGAAUUUCACAAACCAGAUUAUGGGGACACGAUAGUGUCAUUUCUGAGUAAGAUGAUUGGAAAAUUCCCUUCUUGGCUCAAGCUGAUAGUAACAGUUAGGACCAGUUUACAGGAAAUUACCAAAUUACUGCCCUUCCAUAGGAUCUUCUUGGAUCGCCUAGAAGAGAAUGAAGCCAUAGACCAGGACCUCCAAGCAUAUAUCCUACAUAGGAUUCACAGCAGUUUAGAGAUUCAAAAUAACAUUUCUCUCAAUGGCAAAAUGGACAACACUACAUUUGGAAAACUCAGUUCUCAUCUCAAGACCCUCAGCCAAGGUUCCUAUCUGUACCUAAAACUCACAUUUGACCUCAUAGAGAAGGGAUACCUGGUUUUAAAGAGCUCUAGCUACAAAGUAGUUCCUGUAUCUCUUUCUGAGGUUUAUCUACUCCAAUGCAAUAUGAAAUUCCCAACCCAGUCCUCCUUUGACCGAGUGAUGCCUCUUCUAAAUGUUGCAGUAGCCUCUCUCCACCCACUUACAGAUGAGCAUAUCUUCCAGGCCAUCAAUGCAGGCAGCAUUGAGGGUACUCUGGAAUGGGAAGACUUUCAACAAAGGAUGGAGAAUCUCUCCAUGUUUCUAAUUAAGCGCAGAGACAUGACCCGCAUGUUUGUGCAUCCUUCUUUUCGAGAAUGGCUCAUCUGGAGAGAGGAAGGAGAGAAAACCAAAUUUCUCUGUGAUCCCAGGAGUGGUCACACUUUACUUGCCUUCUGGUUUUCCCGUCAAGAAGGAAAACUAAACCGACAGCAAACUAUUGAGUUGGGACACCACAUCCUCAAAGCACACAUUUUUAAGGGUUUAAGUAAAAAAGUUGGGGUAUCAUCCUCUAUACUCCAAGGUCUCUGGAUCUCAUAUAGUACUGAAGGUCUUUCCAUGGCAUUGUCGUCUUUACGAAAUCUCUAUACUCCAAAUAUAAAGGUCAGUCGGUUGCUGAUUUUGGGAGGUGCCAACAUCAAUUACCGGACAGAGGUUUUGAAUAAUGCCCCAAUCUUGUGUGUCCAGUCACACCUUGGUUAUACAGAGAUGGUAGCCCUUCUAUUGGAGUUUGGGGCUAAUGUAGAUGCCGCUUCAGAAAGUGGCCUUACUCCUCUAGGAUAUGCUGCAGCAGCUGGAUUCCUAAGCAUUGUUGUGCUGCUCUGCAAAAGACGAGCCAAGGUGGAUCACUUGGACAAAAAUGGGCAGUGUGCACUGGUUCAUGCUGCACUCAGAGGCCAUCUGGAGGUUGUCAAGUUCUUGAUUCAGUGUGACUGGACAAUGGCUGGCCAGCAGCAAGGGGUGUUUAAGAAAAGCCAUGCCAUUCAACAAGCCCUCAUUGCCGCAGCCAGCAUGGGCUAUACAGAGAUUGUCUCCUACCUGCUAGAUCUUCCAGAAAAAGAUGAAGAAGAAGUAGAACGAGCCCAGAUCAAUAGCUUUGACAGCCUCUGGGGAGAAACAGCCCUGACAGCUGCAGCUGGAAGGGGCAAGCUAGAUGUAUGUCGCCUGCUUUUGGAACAAGGGGCAGCAGUAGCCCAGCCAAAUAGGCGGGGGGCAGUGCCCUUAUUCAGCACUGUUCGGCAAGGUCAUUGGCAGAUUGUUGACCUCUUGCUCACUCAUGGAGCUGAUGUUAACAUGGCAGACAAGCAAGGCCGCACUCCCCUAAUGAUGGCAGCUUCAGAAGGCCAUCUAGGGACGGUGGAUUUCUUACUGGCACAAGGUGCCUCCAUUGCCCUGAUGGACAAAGAGGGAUUGACAGCCCUCAGCUGGGCUUGCUUGAAGGGCCACCUCCCGGUGGUACGCUCCCUUGUGGAGAAUGGGGCAGCAACAGACCAUGCUGACAAGAAUGGCCGCACCCCGUUGGAUCUUGCAGCUUUCUAUGGUGAUGCUGAAGUGGUGCAGUUCCUGGUGGAUCAUGGGGCCAUGAUUGAGCAUGUCGAUUACAGUGGGAUGCGUCCACUGGACAGGGCAGUGGGAUGCCGAAACACCUCUGUCGUAGUCACCCUUCUGAAGAAAGGAGCCAAGAUAGGUUGUCAGACGUUACCGAGUCGCCCACGAGGUCCAGCCACUUGGGCGAUGGCCACCUCCAAACCAGACAUCAUGAUCAUCCUGUUGAGCAAGCUGAUGGAGGAAGGGGACAUGUUUUAUAAGAAAGGUAAAGUGAAAGAAGCAGCCCAGCGUUACCAGUAUGCCCUGAAGAAAUUUCCCAGGGAAGGGUUUGGUGAAGAUUUGAAAACUUUCCGGGAAUUAAAAGUCUCUCUCCUCCUCAACCUCUCCAGAUGUCGCAGGAAAAUGAAUGAUUUUGGAAUGGCGGAGGAAUUUGCUACUAAAGCCCUGGAGCUGAAACCGAAAUCUUAUGAAGCUUACUAUGCAAGAGCAAGAGCAAAACGGAGCAGCAGGCAGUUUUCAGCAGCACUGGAGGACCUGAAUGAGGCCAUCAAGCUGUGUCCAAACAAUCGUGAGAUCCAGCGGCUACUGAUGAGAGUAGAAGAAGAGUGUAGACAGAUGCAACAGCAGCAACAGCAACAGCAGCAAUUACCAGUAGAAGCUGAGCCUGACCCCCAGCAAGAGGAUCUCUAUUCUGUGCAAGACAUCUUUGAAGAGGAGUACCUAGAGCAGGAUGUCGAAAACGUUUCCAUUGGCCUACAGACUGAAGCUCGGCCCACCCAGGGGCUCCCCAUCAUCCAGAGCCCACCCUCCUCUCCUGCCCAUCGAGAGUCUGCAUACAUCUCUGGCUCCCCACUCGGCUCACAUCAGGUUUUUGAUUUCCGGUCUAAUAGUUCUGUAGGUUCUCCCACUAGGCAGAGUUACCAGUCCACAUCUCCUGCUCUCUCCCCUACACACCAGAACUCUCAUUACAGGCCCAGUCCCCCACAUACAUCCCCAGCUCAUCAGGGUGGAGCUUACCGCUUCAGCCCCCCUCCCGUGGGAGGGCAGGGGAAAGAAUAUCCAAGUCCUCCCCCAUCACCUCUCCGAAGAGGCCCUCAGUACCGGGCCAGCCCUCCAGCUGAAAGCAUGAGCGUCUAUAGGUCCCAGUCUGGCUCUCCUGUACGAUACCAGCAAGAAACUAAUGUCAGUCAGAUUCCUGGAAGGCCAAAGUCUCCUUUGUCCAAAAUGGCCCAGAGGCCAUACCAGAUGCCCCAGCUUCCUGUGGCCGUGCCCCAGCAAGGGCUUAGACUGCAGCCUGCCAAGGCCCAGAUCGUGAGAAGCAACCAGCCCAGCUCAGCAGUUCACUCCAGCACGGUCAUCCCCACCGGCACUUACGGCCAAGUGGCUCAUUCGAUGGCCAGUAAAUACCAGGCUUCACAGGGAGAGAUGGGGGUGAGUCAGAGUCGGCUGGUCUACCAAGGGUCAAUUGGAGGGAUUGUAGGUGAUGGAAGACCUGUGCAACAUGUACAGGCCAGCCUCAGUGCAGGUGCCAUCUGCCAGCAUGGAGGGCUGACCAAAGAAGACCUUCCACAGAGACCUUCCUCCGCCUACCGUGGAGGGGUGAGGUACAGUCAGACACCCCAGAUCGGGCGCAGCCAGUCAGCCUCCUACUAUCCAGUGUGUCACUCCAAACUGGAUCUGGAGCGCUCUUCCAGCCAGCUCGGCUCCCCCGACGUGUCACACUUAAUCAGAAGACCCAUUACGGUCAACCCUAAUGAAAUCAAAUCCCACCCACCAACUCCCAGGCCUCUGCUGCACUCCCAAAGCGUAGGCCUCCGAUUCUCUCCUUCUAGCAAUAGCAUAUCAUCCACCUCCAAUCUGACUCCCACCUUCCGCCCUUCCUCCUCGAUUCAGCAAAUGGAGAUCCCGCUGAAACCGGCGUAUGACAGGGCAUGCGAUGAGCUGUCUCCUGUGUCUCCCACUCAGGGAGGCUACCCCAGUGAGCCAGCUCGGUCCAGGACCACACCGUUCAUGGGGAUCAUAGAUAAAACAGCCCGGACUCAACAGUACCCCCACCUCCACCAGCAGAAUCGGACCUGGGCGGUUUCAUCAGUGGAUACCGUCAUCAGCCCCACGUCUCCGGGCAAUCUGCCUCAGGCCGAGUCCUUCAGUCCGCCGUCUUCAAUCGGCAACAUUGCCUUUUAUAACAAAACCAACAAUGCUCAGAAUGGCCAUUUGCUGGAGGAUGAUUAUUAUAGUCCCCAUGGGAUGCUGGCUAAUGGGUCCCGCGGAGACCUCUUGGAGAGAGUCAGCCAAGCUGCCUCGUAUCCUGAUGUAAAGGUGGCCAGGACACUGCCUGUUGCUCAGGCGUAUCAGGACAACCUGUACAGGCAGUUGUCCAGGGACUCUCGACAAGGGCAGACAUCCCCAAUCAAACCAAAGAGACCAUUUGUGGAGUCUAAUGUUUAA